AUGGAUAUAGAAAAUAAAACUAAAUUUACUGAUGUUCAUCGUGCUUUUUUACAGGUUUUUAUUUCUAGAAAGAGUAUAUUAGAGGAACAAGCGAUAAAUUUAUUGUUAAUGGCUAUUUGUAUUUAUGAAAAUGCUUCUGUAGAUUCUGUUCUAGUGAAUAUAAAUACUCUUGAGUCCUAUAUUUCUGAUAUUAAUAAUGCAAUUAUUGCUUUAGAUUUGGAAAUUCGAAAGACAAUAGAUCAAUCUACAGGUGUAGCUAUUUGGAUACUAAUAAAUACUGCUUCUGAUGUUUUUAGUCAGUUAUCAACUAAUUAUAAUCCUUCUGAGAUUGAAUUUUUUAAGCAACUUCUUGAUUAUAUUUUAAUAAAAAGUAAUACUCGUCAAUUAGAAGUUUUUGCUAUAACCUCUAGUCAAGCAUUAAAGGAAUCAUGUAUAAAGAGUGCAGGAUUGUCUAAAGUUUCAGCUGAAGCUUCUUUAGCUGCAUUUGUUGAGGAGGGAUGGCUUUCGAAAACUAUGCAUGGAACUCAUAUGUAUUUUACUUUGUCACCUAGAUCUCUUUUAGAGCUUUAUCCUAUAAUUAAAAUGUAUAUUGACGAUUCUGAAAAUGAUUUAAAUCAUGAAGGUGCUAAAAUAACAUCUUUGCUUAAGAGAUGUAAAGCAUGUCAUAAUGUUGUUACUCAAGGUUUUCGUUGCUUAAACAUUGAUUGUCCUAUAAGAUUUCAUGAGUAUUGUUCUAAAGCAUAUAUGGCUAGACAAAAAGAUAAAUUGUGUCCUAAAUGUGGAGAAAUAUGGAUAGAAAGAAAUUUUGUUGGUAAAAAGGCUGUAGAAAGUGCUAAUACUUAA